UGCCACAAACCAGCGAGAUCCCUCAGAUCGUCAAGUCAGCUUCUUUUGGAGGUGUCAAGGGCCAGAUUCAAACUCUGGGGAGGUGGUACUUUUGCUGGUGAAGCCCCUAAACUGCAGUUCAUGAACGUUCCUGUGCUGGUCAACAACCUGGGUUUACUGGAGCAGCUGGCGUACUGGAAGGUGUCUGCUCCGUGCUCUGCAGCGGGCUACAAUCACACCGUGAAGAAACACAGCUCUAGGUUCUUCUCGCCCAACGGGCUGCUGAGGGAAGUCAAUGAAGUGAACAAGAUGAAUGAGUCUCUGCAGUCGGAGCUGCAGAAAGUGUGCAGAGACGUGGAGCAGAGUGAACAUCUUGUGGAGACGCUGCAGGCCGAAGUGUCAGCUCUCAGGAGGCGAGUCAGAGAGAAGAGGCAGAGCAGAGCGGGAGGAGAGAGCGAUGACGGUGCAGCUGAACCGAAGAGCAACCUGCUGCUCCACGAGGCCAUCAGAGCUCUGUUCGCCAGCUCGCCUCUGUUCCACUCUCAGACUCUAACCCUGGAGGCCUUUGCCGUUCCCGCCGUGUGCUGUGGCUCCGAGCAGGACGACACAGCAGCACUGCUCUCAGACACACACUCCCUGCUGACUCCCAGCAGAACAAACUGUCGGAAGAGGCUGAACGAGACGUCGCCGGGGAGGGGGAGGAAACGCAGGAAGAGCUAGUCCUGAUGUGAACGUCACUGUAGGAAUGAAGUGGCCAGGUGGAAUAAUGAGCCAUGUUUGUGUUGAAGGUUAAUCUCCAGCUUGUUUUUAGCCAGUUCUCAGCUCUUCACUCACAUUUUAACGUCACUGAACAGGCUUGUUACUGUGGGAACCAGUGAAACUGUACAGCUUUUGAUAUGUUUGACAAUUCUUUAAAAUGUUUGAUAAAAUGUUGAGUUGUUAAAAAUGUGUUGUGAUCAUCAGUGAGAAGUCUGUAAAUCCA